CAUUCCGCGGGCGCGCGGGCGGCGGGCGCCUCCGUCCCGGUUGCUGCGGACCCGGAGUGCACGGAGGCGGCCGGCUGCGGCGGCUCAGGCGGCGCGACGCGGAGCGGGAGGACGGAGGGGCGGCCGGCGCACAGCUGCCCACCAUGAAGCCCCCAGCAGGUCCUGCGUCCUCCAGGAGAUUUUGCUGACGAUUGUAGCUGUUGACACGUAUCUCCUACCUUGUCCCAGCUUCUGGAGCGCUCGUUUACCACCCAGCGUGGCACAGACCCGCGUCUUUUCUCUGUGGUUCUGAAGUCCACGGUGCCCUGCAAGCAGAAGGCGUUUCCUUAAGCUCGCAGCAGUCACUUGGCCAGAACGUCCCACCUGGCCCGGCUCCAGAGCCUUUCUUUUUCCCCACUUACUGUUUGUCAGUGACCCUCAACUGGGGUGAUGGCGCCACGCCAGGGGACACUGGGCAGUGUCUGGGACACCUGUGGUUGUCACAACUGGGCACCAGGGGUGUACAAAAACAGGUCACUGUUUGCUAAUCCCUGGUAUAGAGUCCAGUAAGGGUUGAACUGUAAACCUGAGUGCGGGGCGGAGCCUCGGAAAGGGGCAGGAAGGUUGGACAACCAGAUAUUUACAAAGCAGGGGAGGGGGGAACAGAUGAUUCUUGGUUCAAGGUUGGAGCUGAAGUCAGACUGCAUGGGUUCAAAUCCCACCUCUGCCACUUGCUGGCGUGGGAUCAUGUCAAAUGUGCACGAUCAUGACAAAUCGUGCACAUCUCAGGACCUCCAUCUGUAUGAUGGGGGCCACGUAGGACCCAGAGGGAAUCAGUGAGGGAACGAAAGUAAAACGUCUUCACCCUGAACACCGCACAGCAGUUUAAGCAACAGCUGUUAUUAUAGACCAGUCUCUUAUGCAAAACCUCUUGGGGCUAGGGAUGGUUUAGGAAUAAAGGAUUUUCCCUAUUUUAGGAAAGUAAUACAGUACAAACGUCGCAUUAUGUCAAGGGACAUUGGGGGUAGCACCCUGUCAUCAAACAAGUUAACUCGGUGUGAUGGAGGUGUAUACCAAAUAUCCACCCCAGCACUGCCAGCGUUGGGGCUUGGGUCCCUUAGGGGGGGUGUCCUGGGCCCCGCCACCACCCACUCGAUGCAAUAGCAUCGUUCUCCAGUUGCGACGAGCACAAGCAUAUCAGAGAUCGCCCAGUGUCUCCCGGGGUGCAGCAUCUUCUGCUGCUUUAGAGGAUUGAUCAACUUGUGCUCCCCCACAAAGCCUUUGGGCCUUGCCAACCUUCAUGGGGAAACAGUGCUCCUGUCCAUUCCCCUCAGCCCCUAGUUAGUCUAACCCUUCUGUCCUGGAAGCAGACCCAUUCAGUGUGGGGCUGUGUCUUCUCUGUUCAGCCUGUGUAGGAGAUGCCCUGGACACAGCGGCCCCGUGCUCCGUGGUGAACUACCUGAGAUGGGACCUGAGCGCCCAGCAAAUAGAGGAGCUCACUGUGGAGCUCAUCGAGCAGACUAAGCGUGUGUAUGACCAGGUGGGCUCCCAGAAGUUUGAAGACGUGUCCUAUGAGAGUACCCUCAAGGCGCUGGCCGAUGUGGAGGUGUCCUACACAGUUCAGAGGAAUAUCCUGGACUUCCCCCAGCACGUUUCUCCAUCCAAGGACAUUCGGACGGCCAGCACAGAGGCGGACAAAAAGCUGUCUGAGUUUGACGUGGAGAUGAGCAUGAGGCAGGAUGUGUACCAGAGGAUUGUCUGGCUGCAGGAGAAAGUUCAGAAGGACUCGUUGAGGCCGGAGGCCCUGCGGUACCUGGAGCGACUGGUCAAGCUGGGCAGAAGGAACGGCCUACACCUACCUGAGGACACUCAACAGAAAAUCAAGAGCAUUAAGAAGAAGCUGAGUCUUUUGUGCAUCGACUUCAACAAGAACUUGAACGAGGACACGACCUUCCUGCCACUCACGCGAGAGGAGCUGGGAGGGCUCCCGGAGGACUUUUUGAACUCGCUGGAGAAGGCUGGGGAUGACAAGUUGAAAGUCACCCUCAAGUACCCACAUUAUUUUCCUCUCCUGAAGAAGUGCCACGUGCCCGAGACCAGGAGGAAGGUGGAGGAGGCCUUCAACUGCCGGUGCAAGCAGGAGAAUUGUGCGAUCCUCAGAGAGCUGGUGACCCUCCGGGCCCAGAAGUCCAGCCUGCUGGGGUUUAGCACACACGCCGACUACGUCCUGGAGAUGAACAUGGCUAAGAGCAGCCAGGUGGUGGCCACUUUCCUAGAUGAGCUGGCCCAGAAGCUGAAGCCCCUCGGGGAGCAGGAGCGCGCCGUGAUCCUGGAGCUGAAGAAGGCCGAGUGCGAGAAGCGGGGCCUGGACUUCGACGGGCGCAUCAACGCCUGGGACAUGCGCUACUACAUGAACCAGGUGGAGGAGACCCGCUACAGCGUGGACCAGAACCUGCUCAAGGAGUACUUCCCCAUGCAGGUGGUCACCCAGGGCUUGCUCAGCAUCUACCAGGAGCUGCUGGGGCUGACCUUCGACCUGGAGGAGGGCGCCACCGUGUGGCACGAGGACGUGAAACUCUACUCCGUGAGGGACUCGGCGUCGGGGAGGGUCAUCGGGAAGUUCUACCUGGACCUCUACCCGCGGGAAGGGAAGUACGGGCACGCGGCCUGCUUUGGCUUGCAGCCCGGCUGCCUGCGGCAGGACGGGAGCCGCCAGAUUGCCAUCGCGGCCAUGGUGGCCAACUUCACCAAGCCUACCCCGGACGCCCCCUCCCUGCUGCAGCACGACGAGGUGGAGACCUACUUCCACGAGUUUGGGCACGUGAUGCACCAGCUGUGCUCUCAGGCGGAGUUUGCCAUGUUUAGCGGGACGCACGUGGAGCGGGACUUCGUGGAAGCACCUUCCCAGAUGCUGGAGAACUGGGUGUGGGAGAAGGAGCCGCUGCUCAGGAUGUCCCAGCACUACAGGACGGGCAGCGCCAUCCCCCAGGAGCUGCUCGAGAAGCUCAUCAAGUCCCGGCAGGCCAACACAGGUCUCUUCAACCUGCGCCAGAUCGUACUGGCCAAGGUGGAUCAGGCCCUGCACACGCAGACGGCUGCCGACCCGGCCGAGGAGUAUGCCCGCCUCUGCCAGGAGAUCCUGGGGGUCCCUGCCACGCCAGGGACCAACAUGCCUGCGACCUUUGGCCACCUGGCCGGUGGCUACGACGCCCAGUACUACGGCUACCUGUGGAGUGAGGUGUACUCCAUGGACAUGUUCCACACACGCUUCAAGCAGGAGGGCAUCCUGAACGGCAAGCAGGUCGGCAUGGACUACAGACGCUGCAUCCUGAGACCCGGCGGCUCCCAGGAUGCCAGCGUCAUGCUGAAGCUCUUCCUGGGCCGAGACCCCAAGCAGGAUGCCUUCCUCCUGAGCAAGGGGCUGCAGGUGGACAGCAGCGAGCCACCGGCCUGCUGACGCACCAGGGCUCUGCUGGCCCCGGGCCACGGGCUCAGCCCCACCCCAGCUCCUGCUGCCCUGUUGCCUUAGCUCCCAGUCGGGAAACGGGGUGGCCUGCCGCUCAGGGUGGGCGGGUGGGGGCAGGGUGAGGAGACGGGCUGCUCGUCCUCCCUGUCUGUUCCUCGUGUCUGGUCUCUACAGGCCCCCGUCGGUGGCCAGCCUGGGCUGAUGGGGCCUUGUCCUCGAGAUGCCUGGAGAACUCUGUGUUCAGUCACGCCCGCCAAUUUGUUGCACUAAUCCAUCCCCUUCCUGGGAAGUUUUCUGAGUGAAAAGAUGGUGGAUCUUUGAAAUGCAGCCAUUAAAAAAAAAAAAAAAAAAAGGGAAA